CCAGCUUAUUACCACACAGACACUAUAGUGUAACAUUAAUCAAGUUACCUUUUUUGCAAAUGGAAGCGAGGCAAAGAGUUGCCACUGUAGUUGUGGAGGUGAAAUAAUUCCCACGUGAAAGGAAAAGCUUGAAUUUUGCAGAGUCCCUCCUCAUCUCCGAAUCCGAUCCUGCGUCCUUUAAGAGUUCUGUAUCAAUCAAUCACAUAAUCGCGGAUCAAAUCAAUUACAAGCUUCUUCUUCUUCUUCUUCUUUAUCCAUUCUCUGGUUUUCUGUGCUACAAAGUUACACCCAAACCCUCUCUAAGGUAAAUCCAUCUCUUACAUUACUGUUCCAUAAGCUACAUACAGAGAUAUAGAUAGUAAAUCUGAACAAAUUAAUGUUGAUUAGGUGAUUCAUUCAUUCCUAUUAGAUCUUUCUUUCUAAUGGAAGUUCCCAAAUCCCCUUCCAAAGAUAAACGAUUCGCCACCAAACAUAAAUUCUUGUUCAAAAUCACCGCACUCAUUUUCAUCCUCAUAUUGUUGUUUAUAGGUUUCCAUCUCGAGUCUUAUAACUCGAAACCGAAUUCAUCGUCGUCGUAUUACACUGUUGUUAUAGACUGUGGAAGCACAGGAACACGUGUUAAUGUGUAUCAAUGGAUGUUAGGGAAUGUAGUAGUAGGUAACAAAAGUUUGCCAAUCUUGCUACAUUCAUUUCCUGAUAAUAAUCAAACUACUAGGAAUAGUUCACUUUGGAAAAACUCUUGUCAAUAUCAUUGUAUGCAAACCGAACCCGGGUUAGAUAAAUUGGUUAAUGAUUCUUUAGGUGUGAGAGGAGCUUUGGAGCCUUUGAUUGUAUGGGCGGAAAGUUUAAUUCCCCGUGAAAUGCACCAUGACACGCCUAUUUUUGUUUUGGCUACUGCUGGAAUGAGGAGGAUUAAGAGGGAUGAUGCGUAUCGUGUUUUGGAGGAUGUUGAGGUUGUUGUGAAAUAUCAUUCUUUUAUGUUUGAUAAGAUGUGGAUUAGGGUUUUGAGUGGGAGGGAGGAAGCUUAUUAUGGUUGGGUGGCUUUGAAUUAUAAAAUGGGAAGUUUUGAUGAUCAUCAUCUUCCUGGGUCUUCCACUUUGGGACUUGUUGAUUUGGGUGGCUCGUCGUUGCAGAUUGUCGUGGAGAUAGAUCGUGAUACUGGGGAUGAUGUGAAUGCGAUGAGAUCGGAGUUUGGUUCGAUUGAACAUAGGAUUGUGGCAUACUCGUUGCCUGCAUUUGGGUUAAAUGAAGCAUUUGAUAGGACUGUUGUUAUGCUUGGAAAUAAGCGUAGUGUGGAAAGAACCAGAGGUGUAUCUGAACUCAGACAUCCUUGUCUGAUGUCUACUUUUGUACAAAACUAUACCUGCAAUUAUUGCUCUGGAUUUGAUGCCGCUGACCCAAAAAAUCGUAGCCAACCCCAGAAAACAUUUAGUCUUCUUGGAGAACCUGACUGGGAACAAUGCAGAGAAAUAGCUAUUGCUGCUGCAAUGAACUUGAGCGAAUCCCGCGUGUCACAUCAGGCAGUUGGUCCAAAUUGCCAAGCAAGUUUAUUUUCUGGUAUUGGCACCGGUGCACUUAAUUUAACAGCUGUUGCUCACCCAACGAAGCGAUUUCAUGCUUUGUCUGGUUUCUUUUUUGUCUACAAUAAGCUAAAUUUGAGCUCAAAAGCCAAUUUAACAAUGAUUUGGGAGUCAGGCAAGCAAAUAUGUUCAAAUUUAUGGGCUGGCUUGAGCAGUACUUCUGACAAUCCAAAUUACACUGGACAAUUUUGUUUCCGGGUGGCUUAUAUGGCGUCGCUGAUCGAGUAUGGUCUGUGUCUUGGUGAUGUAGAAAUGGAAUUUGGUCCAGGCGAUGUUUCCUGGACAUUAGGAGCUGCAUUAGUUGAAGGGAAGUUUCAGUGGUUAAAUAUUGCAAACCACAAAUCCCAGACUAUAAUUUCAACUUUAAAGAAUGUGAAGGUCAUGUCAUCUUCAACUUUUCUUUUUGCUGUACUUCUGUUGCUUUUAUUGAUUGUUUAUUGUACUCAAAUCAAGCUACCUAUGCCAAGCAGAAGGGCUUCUGCUCCUGGCUCAUCUUUGCCAUCCCAUACUCAUACACGACAUCGAGCUAACUAAUAUAAUGUUUCAGUAUUCUUUUAUCUUCCUUUUGCCAUCCUAUACACAGUUUUUGAAAGGACGAUACUAAAUUUUUUAGAGAGCAAUGCUAUUGAGUUGGUGCAAAGUGCAAACUAUAUGCCUGUAGGAAACUAGCUUCCCCCCCCCCCCCCCCCCCCCCCCCCCCCAAUUUUUGGUGCCAAUACCACAAAUACCAAUAAAAAAUGGUUGGGGAACUUGUAUGCAUUCGCGGCUGCUGUUUUCUUGCCCGUGAAACUAAAACAUGAUGCGCAUUUUCAAUUGAUAUGCAAAAUAUCCGGGGUACUUAAAUUCCAUCCAAGAGGCAUGAUAGGCUCUGAACUUUCAUAUAUGGGUUGAGAAAUAGAAAAUGUCUGGCCAUGCUAUCAAUAUUUGUCCUUUGAGUUAUAACGCUCAAUUUUAGUAUCUUACUAUUGUUUGAACAUUAAACACAUUAGAAAGAAGGAUAUUUUCUACUAUUUGAAAGUCUGCUAGGAACAUCUAAUAUUAUUAUAGUAUAAAACCAUAAACAUUCUUUAUUGUUGAAUCUGAUAUUUACUUCAGUCAUUUUCUUGAUUUUUUUGGGUGGUCUCUGCUGGUGGAUCCUGCCAUAGGGGAGGAUAGCUUUCACUGGCUGCUGACUCUGACUAAUUAGAUAUUUAGACUAGUCAUUAGUUAGAGUUAGCUUUAAAGUUUAAAGCAAUGUAUA